CUUCACUGAGCAAAAUUACAAUAUUUACAUUAAUUAAAAUAAUAGUGUCAGGAGCGCAGAUUUCAAAGUACAUUUAUUUGAAUACAUGAGGGCUUAACACUAGACUGGGGACUGUGUGACGGUUUGAUUCUGACUUGUCGUGGCUGUGGUCUUGUAAGCACUGGCCAUAACGGCAUCAGGCUUAUACAAAACUUCUGCAGCCAGCGCGUUAUCCCACGGAUGCUGAGGCAACAGCAGCACGAGCGCCUCUCUCCACGCGCACAAAUUAUUCAUGUCCCGCCAAACGGAAAAAUCGGUAGUUACUGAAAGCGCACACCAUCACCAAAAACAAAACAAUACAGAACAAAAACGCGGUGAGAGCACAUACUCAAUGAAAUACUAAAGGGUUAAUUUACGACGGAGGAAGGUAGUUUGGUCCCACGACACGAUAGCUCUCCUCCUCCUUCGAGGUGUGGUCUUCAUGUGAGCGUUUAAAACUGGGCAGCGCGCGAUGGAUAGAUCGAGAUAACUCCAAAGAGCCUAAAGGCGAAAGACCUGCCUGCUCAGUCAGGCACGCACAGUCCGGCGGACGGACAACUCUUCAGCAUCCCUCACUUUUCCAUCUUAACCUCUUGCGUUGUCCCAAUUUUUUUGUCCCCUUGCAGAGAAUAUCCCCAGUGCGAACAGUAUGGGUGGUGUAACUGCAGAGAAGGCUCUUGAUGGGGGCUGGGGAUGGGUGAUUGUGGGCACCACUUUCAUGGCGCAGUUCCUGGCCUUUGGGUCUCCUCAGGCUGUCGGAGUGCUGUACCCCGAGUGGCUGAACACUUUCCAGGAGGGAAAAGGGAUGACUGCCUGGGUCGGGUCCAUGGUGUCGGGAGUCGCGCUGCUCACAAGUCCCAUCUGCAGCGCGUGCGUGGAGAAUUUUGGUGCUCGUCCCGUGACCAUCUUCAGUGGUGUCAUGGUGGCGGGGGGCCUGAUGCUGAGUGCCUUCGCCCCCAACAUCUCCUUCCUCAUCUUCUCCUACGGGGUCGUAGUCGGUCUGGGCUGCGGUCUCGUCUAUUCUGCUACCCUUACCAUCACCUGUCAAUAUUUUGACAAGAGACGCGGUCUUGCUCUGGGCAUUGUCACUACAGGUACGAGCGUGGGAGGCUUCGUGUACGCCACUCUGCAGAAUGAGUUGAUCGAGCUGUACGGCUUGAACGGCUGCCUGCUCAUCAUCGGGGCCCUAGCCCUGAACUUGAUGGCGUGUGCGGGCCCCAUGAGGCCCUUGUAUCUCCCGGGCUACCUGGUGAGGCAGAGGGCCGUGCUGAAGCAGCAGGAGGAGCCUCCAAUGUACGAGAAGCCCACCACGCUCAUAAUCGCCCCCGAGAAGCCUGCCUCCGACAUCCAGACUAUACACGGCUCCGCCGAGAAGAGCAACGGCACCGUCAAGGAGCUCCUCAUCGGCAUGGACACUAAGGUGUUGGUGGACUAUGAGGCGGAGGCGGGGCGGCGGGCUGGGUUCCUGUCCUGCUCGGCCGUGGUGCGUGUCAUCAAGCGGACGAUGCGUCCGUACGCUAAGUACCUGCACGAGACGGGGGAGUUUAUGCACGACCGCGUCUUCACCAUGUUCUGCGUGUCCGUAUUCAUGUUCGCGCUGGGCGCCUUCCCGCCCGUGCUCUUCAUGGAGGACGUGGCCCUGAGCGAAGGCCUCAUCGAGGGCGUCAGCAUCAUCCCGCUCGUCUCCAUCGUCGCCAUCACCUCCGGCGCCGGCAAGCUGCUACUGGGCAUAAUGGCUGACCUGCCGUGGAUCAACAGCAUUUACCUGUACGCCUUCACGCUGCUGGGAUCUGGCGCGGCUCUUCUGCUCAUCCCCAUGUGCAAGAGCUACGUGGGCCUACAGGUGCUCUCCGCCAUGGUGGGCGUCUUCUCAGGGAACUGGUCUCUUACCUCCUACAUCACCACCCAGAUUGUGGGCCUGGAAAGGCUGAGCCAAGCCCACGGCAUCGUCAUGUGUUUUGGAGGGUUCGGCAUCGUGCUGGGGCCCCCUGUCGUCGGCUGGUUCUUUGACUUUACCCAGUCGUACGACCUGGCCUUCUACUUCAGCGGUGCAUGCGUGGUGCUGGGUGGGGUCUUCCUCUUCCUGGCCACACUGCCCUGCUGGGAUCGGAGAGAGGCUCGACAGUCCGCCAAUCAACCAGCCAGCCAAUCAGAAGAGGAGCCUCUGGCCGUAGGCAACACAGACGCCUCCGUUGUGUAAUGGGCAUCUCAUCCCACAACCUGUGUCCCUUCGUCCUCGCUCACCCCUGCCCGUGCCAAGAAAGAACUCUCUCUCUCUCUCUCUCUUCAGAUUUCAACUUAAUCAAGCCCACAGGGUAACUUUAACACUGGUGCCAGUUUUCACACAAACCUUAAGCAAAUGCUCUCACAAUGAAAAGCCUUUCUAUCUUUUUGAAUGUAUUUUGUAUUCCUACUCCAGAUUGCUCUACUUUGAGAGAAAAUAAGAAAACUGUUGUCCUUUACUUUUUGCAGACUUCAUUAUGGCCUCAUUUUAAGAGGCUUGUGUUAAACAUGUUUUUUUUUUUAUGGAAACUUACUACUAAUAUAGAUUGUGUUUACUGAAUAGACAUAAUAAUUGUUAACCUUUUCAUGUAAUCUGAAAACGGAUAUUUGCUUUUUAAUUGAUGAACUAACCAAGCAUGAUGCAAAAACAAAAUAUAUAGCCUGUAGUAGUUGACAGCACAGACUGUUUGGAAUUACAAUAAGCACCUGACACGAGUGUGUGCUGUAGACCUUGUGUCCACUGGGCCGUAUUGUCUAAACCAUGCAAAAAAUCCAACUCAGCCUCCCCGGGACUCCGGUCAGUGGGAGAACAGAAGCCAGUUUGGAACUGUGGAGGGAAUGCACUUUAACUUACCUCUCCUUCACCUGCUCCUUCUCCUUGAGAUGCACAAUUCCUUUUCAACGUCGUUCACCUCUCUUGCCUUUCUGUCUAGUCGCCCUCUUGCUCUCUCUCUCGCUCUGUCUUCUCUGUCUGAAGCCAAAGCUGUGGGGCUUCAGGUAGGCCUCGUACUCACAGUCCAGACUGUACCUGCCUUAUCGUGUUGGAUUUGUCUCUCCGUAGAGCUGUACUGUGUUGGUGUCUGCAUGUUGACUUUAGACAGUCAGCAGGAGAGCCCUGUAAUCCUCUUCUGCUCCUAUUAGGGAUCAAACACUAGAUUAUGUACGUUGUACAACGAUGACUAAGACGAAGAAGAAUGGAGAUAUACUGUCCUUACAGUUCAGCCCUUGAAGAAGCUGUUUUAUUUGUUUUUAUUUAGUUUUUUUGUAAGAAUUCCUUAACUAUGCAGGAAUAUGUUAAGCAGUUUUUAUUAUUUUUAUUAUUAUGCACUGAAGUAAGUAAUUGAAACGCACAGUAGACACCAAAUGUGGUCGUUCUUGUGGUGAUUGUUUUGACACAAGAGACUGUUAUCAUGGCAAUAAUGCAGUGGCAUUUCAAAAUGCUACCUUGCUCACUUGUCGCUUGAAGGAAGCUGUCAAACAGUUGCAGUCUUCUGGGUAAUCACGUGAAAUGUUUGUUUCUACCAAAGCCACCGCUCUGGGACGCUCCCCACCAUGAUUGUUUUUUAUUUACAGGGUGAACUGAAGAUUGUAAAUGUGAGAUCCAAAACACGGCAAUGCUGUUUUCAUAUGCUGUCUUAUUUUUAAAAUGAGUUUUAUUUUGGCCUUUAUUUCGUUAGUGUCAGUGUUGCAAUAUUUAUGUUUGUUAUGUACAGUUAUUUUUAUUUUAUAUGAACAUGACGCAAUAAUACAAUAUUAAUUGGUAAA